CACUUAGUUUCACCCCUUCUUCAUAAGGGCCAAUGCACUGCCAUGGUUAUGACACAAUCAGUACCGUGUUCAUUUUUGACACCUGACUAUUGACAGUCGUAACACAAACUGUUGUUUCGGAAAAGUAGCUAUGUAAUCCCAAUGUUACCCAGCCUGUUUGUCAAGGACCCCAGCUGUUGCACAUUUUUGGUCUAUUCAAGAAAAAACACAUCUGAUUCAGGUGUGCUAGUGUUGUAGCUGAAAAAAUUUGUGAAAUAGCUUGGGGUCCCCAAUAACCGGUUUUGGAAAAACAAAGCUAGCCAGCAAGCUAGUUUGCUAGCUCUCCCAUGCAACGUUGUUUUGGUGACAACGGCAAAAGCUCAGUUUUCAUAAGAGGACAGCUGUCGUGGCUCGUCUGCCACGUCAAAGGCUUGUUUAAUGACGGUAUCAUUAUGUCAUGUAUUGUCAUGUUAUGACAGUGUUAUGAAGGCCUUAUGACGGAGGCGUCUGCUAAAGUGUUAGCCCCCACCACACACACUAACAGCACGCGCUGACCAUGCUGUUACGGACGAAUGCUGUGCCUGUCUCUGCCUUGCUGCUCACACCUCACAUCACAGACCACGUUAGACGCACGUGUCUCCAAUACAUCCUCAUCUUUAAUGCGCAGAAUGGUAAAAAAAAAUACAAAUAAAACAAAUGACCAGAUUGAAUGAGAAUUCAGGAAAUUUGUCUCCCUAAAUUUGAUAGACACUCACAGCCAGAGAGAGGCUGACAGUUUAGAGAGUUUUUAGACAUGGUUUAGUAUUCUGGGCAUUAAAACCUCACCCCCCAAAUCCUUCCCUAAGUGGUGCACUCUGGUAGAUCUUUCCACCCCUGUGGAAAAUUGCAGUGGAACAUCCCAAUGACAUGGCAUGAAGGGAUGGAUCAAAGUGUGGUUUAUGGGUUUAGACUCAAGAUUAGGCCUCUAGUCUCUGGGUCUCAGAACAUUGUUGUCUCAUCUAACAUGUGUGAUGCUCAUCUUUGUUUUAUGAAGACUGCAUGGCAUGUAAAGAAGCAGUGUUAGAAACUUCCCCCAAGUCCAACCCCAUCCUCAUCAUUUGUUUACCACUUUCUCCAUCUCCUCAUUUCAACAGAGUUAAAGUCAUUGUAAUAGUAGGCGUUUCGUAGCUCUGGUCCAGUGUGCCUUUCUCAACUAUUCUACUAAGUAGUUGAGAAAGGCACACUAACGCUCUGUACCAGAGCUAGGCGUUCUGAUGCUUUUGUACACUGGACAUUCAUUCAUUUAUUCAGAAUUCUUAUGAAUACAUUAAGAUGCAAGAUACCUACAGAUGUUGAACUCAGUUUUAUUUUGACAAACAUCCACAAAAGUGGAAAGUGUAGUCAUCAGUCUGUCAGCAGAUGGGAUUUCAGAUGGGAUUUCAUGUCACAGUACAUCUAAAGCCAUCACAUUAUCAGAACCAAAACUACAAUUGUGAUGAGCACAAAUUAAUGAAUGACGAUACAAUCUGCAAGACAAACUGAAAUUGAGAAGGUGACUGUGGCUUUUCUACAAAAUGAGCAACGGUCUUCAAAGGGGUUUUAAUUUGGCUCGGAGGAGGCUCGUUUGCUCACUCACCGUAACUCGACACCUCCUUUAUGCAUAAUGCAAAGGCCUAUGGGAGCUCUGUCAUGAGCUUCCACUAUAAUCCCACCCGAUAUGCAGAAAGGGAAGGAGGAGCGCUAUCAGGUGAUGCCAUCAUAACAUGUAACUGAUAUGUCUCCAGCGGCCUGAAAGAGUUGAGGAUGGACGACCUAAAAGUGAUUCGGCACUUUCAACAUAGCCCGUUGACAGUGUGUUGUUGCUUCAUAGCCAAUUCGCCCUUGUUGAAAAUGAUCUAUCCUUGUCGAUUGCUUGAACAGUCAGGCUACUACAUCCAGGCUACUACAUCCAGGCUACUACAUCCAGGCUACUACAUCCAGGCUACUACAUCCAGGCUAUACUACAUCCAGGCUACUACAUCCAGGCUACUACAUCCAGGAUACUACAUCCAGGCUAUACUACAUCCAGGCUAUACUACAUCCAGGCUACUACAUCCAGGCUACUACAUCCAGGAUACUACAUCCAGGCUAUACUACAUCCAGGCUAUACUACAUCCAGGCUACUACAUCCAGGCUACUACAUCCAGGAUACUACAUCCAGGCUAUACUACAUCCAGGAUACUACAUCCAGGCUACUACAUCCAGGCUACUACAUCCAGGCUAUACUACAUCCAGGCUAUACUACAUCCAGGCUACUACAUCCAGGCUACUACAUCCAGGCUAUACUACAUCCAGGCUACUACAUCCAGGCUAUACUACAUCCAGGCUAUACUACAUCCAGGCUACUACAUCCAGGCUAUACUACAUCCAGGCUACUACAUCCAGGCUACUACAUCCAGGCUAGUACAUCCAGGCUACUACAUCCAGGCUAGUACAUCCAGGCUAUACUACAUCCAGGCUACUACAUCCAGGCUAGUACAUCCAGGCUAUACUACAUCCAGGCUAGUACAUCCAGGCUAUACUACAUCCAGGCUACUACAUCCAGGCUAUACUACAUCCAGGCUAUACUACAUCCAGGCUACUACAUCCAGGCUAGUACAUCCAGGCUAUACUACAUCCAGGCUACUACAUCCAGGCUAGUACAUCCAGGCUAUACUACAUCCAGGAUACUACAUCCAGGCUACUAUAUCCAGGCUAGUACAUCCAGGCUAUACUACAUCCAGGCUAGUACAUCCAGGCUAUACUACAUCCAGGCUACUACAUCCAGGCUACUACAUCCAGGAUACUACAUCCAGGCUAUACUACAUCCAGGCUACUACAUCCAGGCUACUACAUCCAGGAUACUACAUCCAGGCUAUACUACAUCCAGGCUAGUACAUCCAGGCUAUACUACAUCCAGGCUAGUACAUCCAGGCUAUACUACAUCCAGGCUAGUACAUCCAGGCUACUACAUCCAGGCUAUACUACAUCCAGGCUACUACAUCCAGGCUACUACAUCCAGGCUACUACAUCCAGGCUAGUACAUCCAGGCUAUACUACAUCCAGGAUACUACAUCCAGGCUACUACAUCCAGGCUAUACUACAUCCAGGCUACUACAUCCAGGCUAGUACAUCCAGGCUAUACUACAUCCAGGCUAGUACAUCCAGGCUAUACUACAUCCAGGCUAUACUACAUCCAGGCUAUUACAUCCAGGCUAUACUACAUCCAGGCUAGUACAUCCAGGCUAUACUACAUCCAGGCUAUACUACAUCCAGGCUACUACAUCCAGGCUAUACUACAUCCAGGCUAGUACAUCCAGGCUAUACUACAUCCAGGCUAUACUACAUCCAGGCUACUACAUCCAGGCUAUACUACAUCCAGGCUACUACAUCCAGGCUACUUUCAACUUAUUUUGCAAUACUUACGGACAAUUCCUGUUUAAGGGGGAAAAACAUACUUUUAUGCUGAAUGAACACUUUGAUAGUGAUAUUUAAUGUGCAGUACGGGAGUCAAGAGCGUCAGGGGAGCUAAGUUUAGCCAGCUUUAUUUGUAGCACAUUCCAUACUAGCCAUGUCUGAUAGCGGCGCGUGAGAGUGGCACUACACUUCCCAUGGGAAGUCGACCUUUCUGUGUGUCAGUUGUGAUAGGGCGCUCAGUUAACUAGCCAUAACUUGCGCCUGCGCGCAUAUACACACACUCAGACACACACACACACACACACACACUCGACAGACCGCACACCUCAGGAGCCAUUAUGAGACCACGAGCGACAAAAAACAUGCGUGAAAUGGGACGGUUCUUCAGCGAGCCCAAUGACUAUCGAAGAGGCCAUGGCGACGACUUGAUAGUCACACCAUUUGCACAGGUACUGGCUAGUUUGAGAACGGUACGGAAUAACUUUGCUGCACUAACCAACUUGCAACAAGACAGAGCCUCAAACAAGCGGUCCCCUAUGUGUAACCAACAACCACCCAUCACCAAGUCCUCUUUCUCAGAGGAGGCCUACCAGAAGCUGGCCACAGAGACGCUGGAGGAGCUGGACUGGUGCCUGGACCAGCUGGAGACCCUGCAGACCAGACACUCUGUCAGCGAGAUGGCCUCCACCAAGUUCAAGAGGAUGUUGAACAGGGAGCUGUCUCACCUGUCUGAGAUGAGUCGCUCAGGGAACCAGGUCUCUGAGUUCAUCUCCAGCACCUUCUUAGACAAGCAGCAUGACGUGGAGAUGCCAUGUCCACAGACGCAGAAAGAGAGGACGGACAAGAAGAACGCCAAGCCCAUGUGUCAGAUCAGUGGCGUGAAGAAGCUGCAGCACAGCACUAGCCUCUCCAACUCUAAUAUACCUCGCUUCGGGGUCAAGACCGACACAGAGGACCAACUGGCUACGGAGCUUGAGGACCUCAAUAAAUGGGGCCUUAAUCUGUUUAAAGUCACCGAGCUUUCAGGAAACCGGCCUUUAACAGUCAUGAUGUACACAAUUUUCCAGGAAAGAGAUUUAUUAAAAACAUUCAAAAUACCAUUAGACACCUUUAUAACCUACCUGAUGACUCUAGAAGACCAUUACCACGGCGAUGUAGCCUAUCACAAUAACAUCCAUGCUGCUGAUGUCACCCAGUCCACUCACGUGCUGCUGUCCACGCCAGCUCUAGAGGCUGUGUUCACAGACCUGGAAAUCCUAGCUGCCAUCUUUGCCAGUGCUAUUCAUGACGUCGACCACCCUGGGGUCUCCAACCAGUUUCUCAUCAGCACCAACUCGGAGCUGGCCCUCAUGUACAAUGACUCGUCAGUCCUAGAGAACCACCACCUGGCUGUAGGCUUCAAGCUGCUUCAGGAAGAGAACUGUGACAUCUUCCAGAACCUGACCAAGAAACAACGGCAGUCCCUCAGGAAGAUGGUCAUAGACAUGGUACUAGCUACUGACAUGUCCAAGCACAUGAAUCUCCUAGCGGACCUGAAGACCAUGGUGGAGACCAAGAAAGUCACCAGCUCUGGAGUGCUACUACUAGAUAACUACAACGACAGAAUACAGGUCCUCCAGAACAUGGUGCAUUGUGCGGAUCUCAGUAACCCUACCAAGCCCCUGCAGCUGUACCGCCAGUGGACCGACCGCAUUAUGGAAGAGUUCUUCAGCCAGGGGGACAGGGAGAGGGAAAGAGGCAUGGAGAUCAGCCCCAUGUGUGACAAACACAACGCCUCGGUCCAGAAGAGCCAGGUGGGGUUCAUCGACUACAUCGUCCACCCUCUGUGGGAGACCUGGGCUGAUCUGGUGCACCCUGACGCUCAGGACAUCCUGGACACUCUGGAGGACAACAGGGAAUGGUACCAGAGCAUCAUCCCCCAGAGCCCCUCGCCCGCCCCGGACGAAGCCGACGACGGCAGCGGACGUCCACCCGGAGGGGACAAGUUCCAGUUCGAGCUCACCCUGGAAGAGGACGGAGAGUCGGACACGGAGAAAGACAGUGGAAGUCAACCAGAAGAAGACGAGGAGAAUAGUUGUAACUCGAAAACGCUCUGCACGCAGGACUCGGAAUCCACAGAGAUCCCGUUGGACGAGCAGCCGGAAGAGGAGGUGGAGGAGGAGGAGGAGGAGGAGGAGGUGGUAGUGGUAGAGGAGGAGGAGGGUGAAGGGGUACACAGGGAACCAAGUUUGGAGGAGGAGGAUGAGGAGGGAGAGGGGGAAGGGGAGGAGGGCGAGGAGAAGCAAAGAGCGGCCGAUACAUAGCAGCAGUAGAAACUGCGCGGAUUGCCAAACUGCGAGAGAGAGACUGUUGCGUUACAACGGCGAAUCAAGGGACGAGGUGAAUACUAGUAAUCGCCACAAUGUUGGUGAUGUGGCGUCAUCGAGAGUUCCAAAGCGCACGUUGCACUCCUCAAUCCCAGUCUUCUCCUCACUCCACUCCACCUGGAGGCGAUAUGGGGGCACAGAUCCACACCUCCCCCAAGACUCCCUCCCUUGGAGCGCCACACUUUUACACUCAGGAAUAUUUUAGUCGACUUUCUUGCCUCCUUUUUUGUUUACCUUCUGGUUCAUUCGGCCUAUAGGGAGGGAGGUGACGCCUUGAGUUCAAAGGCCAAUCUCCACCUCCCGCCUCUCCUCUAUCUCCUACCACUUCCUGUCAACGCAGGAAGCAAACAGAAAGUGUUCUUUGACUCCAAGACUGAGCACAUGGGCAACACACAAGAUGCUUGGAACAGUCCUAACUGUAGCAUCAUGGGAGGACAGCCAGAUGGGGGAAAGAUGGAUUGCAAGGUGACCUCUGAACUGCAAGGUGACCCCAGUCCACUAAUACCAUCUGAAAACCAAUGAGGGAUAUUAUAGGGAGAGACGGACAAAGACAUACUUUGCAAGAGGAUUUCAAAGAGAUCUUUUUUUCUAAAGUUCAAGUCUUCCUUGUAACAAGACUGGUAGAAAACGCUGUUUUUGACCUCCUCAGUUUUUGUAUUGUAGUAAAACUGAAAUCUUUUUGUAGAUAACUUUUGUUAAUGGAGAGAGUGAGAGAGAGAGAGAGAGAGAGAGAGAGAGAGAGAGAGAGAGAGAGAGAGAGAGAGAGAGAGAGAGAAAAGAGCGGAGGAAGAUGUUCAAUUAAUAUCUUCUUCGUCAUAUAUUGCAUCCAUUGAAACUUGAUUUUUAUUUUUUUGAAGAGAUAUGUUAUGCCAUAACAUAAUGCCUGUGGUCUUUCUGGGAAUUUGUGCUUGUCCUGAGUGCAUGUGACUAAGCUCUCUGCACUCAGUCUGCUUUCUUUUGCUCUCCUUCAUCUUCACUCCCAGAUAUUUCAGAUAGGGCAUCUUAGAUGAACAUGUGUGGUUUUCUGUUUGAGAGCGUUGGGGUUCUAACUUUAAUCUUCACUCCCAGGUAUUUCAGAUGGGGCAUCUUAGAUGAACAUGUGUGGUUUUCUGUUCGAGAGCGUUGGGGUUCUAACUUUAAUCUUCACUCCCAGGUAUUUCAGAUAGGGCAUCUUAGAUGAACAUGUGUGGUUUUCUGUUCGAGAGCGUUGGGGUUCUAACUUUAAUCUUCACUCCCAGGUAUUUCAGAUAGGGCAUCUUAGAUGAACAUGUGUGGUUUUCUGUUCGAGAGCGUUGGGGUUCUAACUUUAAUCUUCACUCCCAGGUAUUUCAGAUAGGGCAUCUUAGAUGAACAUGUGUGGUUUUCUGUUCGAGAGCGUUGGGGUUCUAACUUUAAUCUUCACUCCCAGGUAUUUCAGAUAGGGCAUCUUAGAUGAACAUGUGUGGUUUUCUGUUCGAGAGCGUUGGGGUUCUAACUUUAUUGCAGCUUUAAAUGUACCACCUCUUUUUAUUUUUCAAAGUAGAAAGAAGCCGGUUAACUAAUGACCUUAAGAACAUAAUAAUGGUAUAUAAUAUACUUAGGCCAUGUUUCCAUUUAAAUAUGACAUGGGAGGUCUUGUUAACAUCCUGAGUAUGUAGUGAUUUAGUUCUAUCCAACCAAAUAUACUAUCCAAAUAGACUCUCCAGUCUAUCUACACAUUGUUAAAUCUGUUUAUAAAUAGGUGGUACAUUUUUCUCAACUGUUAAGGAUUAUGAAUAACCCUCAUUGACCUUCAGUUAGCUUCCAUAAACACUCAUCAGUUAUCAGUGAUAUCUGUAACACUUUAGCUUAUAGUCACAUGGCUAUAUCUUCUAUAUUUCAUCAUUUCGAAACAUCUGAAGUACAAAGGGACUUGAGCUAAUGAUAAAACUGAUGUUGUUUUACACCAAACAAAUAACAAGGUUGUAUUCAUGUACACUCUAUAUGUAUUGAAAAAAAAUAGAAAUAUUUGUCAAAUGAAAAUAGUGACUGUAUUCUAAAGUGCUCCAACUCAUGUAUACCUGGUUGUGUUGUAUGGCCUAAGGCUCUGGAUCUGACCCUUUGUGUUGUAAUACAUGAAUAUCCCACGUCUCUCUUCAAUUUGCCUAUUUCAACUGUCUAGCAUCCAUCCAAUAAUGAUUACUAAAAUGACAAACACUUUGACAAUAUUUGCCUUUGUUCUUUUUCAUUAUUACUAUUAUUUCGUCUUAUUGGAUUUCACAUUGGACAUUGAGAAUCACCUGCAUAGUUUUAAAACCUACCUUUCAUAUUUGAGUAGUUCAUAGGUAUGUGUGUAUAUGUAUAUAACUGUACUGCUAGCAUCAAAACCAUUAACAGACUCUUCCAUACAUGUCAUGCCUCAUAUGAGGACACAAUCCCAUAUAAUCCAUGGUAUUCAGGAAAUAAUUCCACUAAAUUGAAGUAGUAGGACAGUAAUUGCAGAUGCUUUAUGAUUUAGAUUUCAUUUUGCAAUAUAUUUGCCAUUUUCAGGGGAAGGACUAGAUAUGGAUGACUUGUCAUUUCAAACCCGAUAUUGCUUUUUAAAUUUUUGCCAAAACAACUUCUCCUUCUUCUUCUUCUUCUUCUUCUUCUUCUUCUUCUUCUUCUUCUUCUUCUUCUUCUUCUUCUCCUUCUUCUUCUCCUUCUUCUUCUCCCCUGCUGGACUUGCACAAUGCAGCACACACCAUUAAGUCAAGUGGUUUCUGUGUUGGCUUUUAAUAUUUCUUUAUUUCUAUUUAUUGAUUUGGUAACACUGUCUUUGAGUCACAUGUAGUAAUGCAUUAUGAAGCCUCAUAAAGGCUAUUUAAGGAGUUGUGAGCUGUUAUGAAUGCUUAUAAAAAAAUACAUGUUUUAUUAGACCUUUAUUUAACCAGGAAAAGCCCAUUAUUAUAGUCUAUUAUGGGCGUGAAAGAAGGCUCUAUGAAUGCAUCAUAUAGACACAGGUGGUUGAUAGUGUUGCCAUGGAUUCCUUGUUUUUGUCACAGUUUGGCCAUCCUAAGUAAGACAGCACUGUAGAAUGCACAACCUGUAACGUAACACCAUGAUGUGGACUCGCAAAACACACUCUUUGUUCCUGUUCUGGUGAUAUGAUGUACGUAGACCAUAGAAAUAGAAUGACUAUAAUAGUCACUCUAUAGCCAUAUUUCUAUGCUUCUAAUCAACACUUCUGUCAUACAGGAAAACAUGUCCACAUUGAAAAGACUUGAACCUGGAUUUUAAAGUAAAAAUGUUCAUAUUUUAUUAUUGGAUAAUGGUAUAUUUCUUUACAGUUUCAUUUCUCGGCCAUCUUUUUGUUGUGGUUUGUUUGCUUGCCUCACCGGACGACCUUACCUGUUAAUGGGUUUUUCUCAUUUGUCUUUUGUUUACAACCAUGUAUUUAUUAAGCUGUACAUAUUGUAGUGUUGCAUUCUGUAAAUGACGGAUUCUUACUCUAUCAUCCGAUGGUGUUGGUGUAUUUGGAAAACCUCUUGUUGAGAGAAUGUUUAUUAUGAUCCAUACUUAACCCAAUGUAUAAAUCUCUUCUGUACAAGAAUGAUAAAAGUGAAUGAAAUUAUA